AUGGAUGGAUCGUUCGCUGCUUCAGACGGCAGUGAGGGUCUGAACAGUAGCAGAACAACAAGAAAGCUAGCUACUCAAGUACUCCUAAUUGCGCUUAUCAAGAAUAGCGGGCAGGCUAUGUGCCUGCUGGCUCUUGUUGUCAUGACUACCACUUCACUGCCCUCUAUUGUAGAAGGAAGGAUCAUGGAUACAAAGGGCACGAUGGUCGGCAAGCCGCCGUGUUUUGUUAUGAAACGUUGCACACUCGAUCUAUGCGAGAAACAAUGUUUAGCACAUGGAUAUCAUAAGGGUCAAAGCGACUGCAUAUCUUUCACAAAAAACCAAUGUUGCUGCAACCGGAUAUGAUAAGGGUCAAAAACAAAUGUCAAAUAAGACUAUU